AUGGGAAAUCAGACAUUUUUAAAUGAAUUUUUUCUUUCCGGAUUAUCUGAUCUUCCAUCUCUACAACUUCCUCUCUUUCUCUUCUUCCUCCUCAUCUACCUUCUGACAUUAUUCUGUAAUUUAUUGAUCAUCGUCCUCAUCGUCUCCGACUCUCACCUCCAUGUUCCCAUGUAUUUCUUCCUGGGGAACCUGGCCGGUUUGGACCUCUGUUGUUCCUCGGUCACCGUCCCAAGAAUGUUAUACGACCUUCACACCAAGAAAAGAAAAAUGACAACAAAAGCUUGUAUAACCCAAAUCUUCUUCUUUAUGUUCUUUGAUGCCUUUGAGGUGAUUUUGUUGGCUGUCAUGUCCUAUGAUCGAUAUACGGCUAUUUGUAAGCCCCUGCAUUACGUACAGAUUAUGAGUUGGAAAGUGUGUGUACAGUUGAUGUCCUUUGUGUUCUCUCUCAGUGUUAUGAAUUCUUUAGUUCACACACUUUUUGCCUUCAGAUUAACGUUUUGUGGAUCACAUAUUAUAGAAAAUUUCUUCUGUGACCUUCCCCAAUUGCUUAAGAUCUCCUGCAGUGACAUCUACAUGAAUAUUUUGCUCAUCUUUCUCUUUGGCUGUUUCCUUGGAGGCGGGACUCUAACAUUAACCUUCCUGCCCUAUGUCUAUAUAUUUCAAACUGUUCUAAAAAUGAAAGUUAAAGGCAGCAGAAGUAAAGUGUUCUCUACGUGUACCCCUCAUCUGACAGUGGUCUUCAUAUUUUAUUUCUCAGUUGUGUAUAAUUAUUUUCGGCCAAGCGCUAACCAUCAAUUUGUUGGAGACAAAGUGGUGUCUGUCUUUUACUCCGUGAUCCUUCCUCUCCUCAAUCCCCUGAUCUACUGUCUGAGGAACCAAGAUUUCCGAACGGCAUUUAACUAUGUUUUAACCCCUGCACGCCUAUGGGUAAAACCAAUCUAAAUGCCUAAGCACGA